CACAUCUUCAAGACAAGAAGAUUGAGUCGCGGCAAACACGCCGCUGUUCCUGAAGAAACUGAAAACUUCGCCUUACAAGAUGAAGCUGACUGUUAUCAUAACUUUGUGCGCCCUGACGACUUGUGCACUUGGAAAACCUGUAGAUAAAAAAGCGGAGCUUAACUCAAAAUGCUUCGAGGCCGGAGCACCUAUCAGUUCGAAACCAUUUGAAAAACCCGGGGAUUGCGAUCACUUUUAUCAGUGUUCGAAUGGUUACCUCUACACGAUGCCAUGCGCUCCGGGCACAGCAUUCAGUCCCGCUCUGAGCGUCUGCGACCACCCAGAAAACGUAGAUGGGUGCGGAGGUAGUGCCAGUACACCAGCUCCACCAACCAAGCCAGCCGAUAAAGAGUGCUUGGACUCUGAUGGAAAUGCAAUUACCAAAGGACCCUUCGCAAAUCCAGAUGAUUGUGCAUUGUUCUAUCAGUGUGUUGCCGGACAGCUUUACACAUUGGGGUGCCCACCAGAUUUAGUUUACAACCCAGCACUCAGCUAUUGUGACUAUCCGAAAAACGUCCCCAGUUGCGGAGGUGUAGCACCAACCAGCGCGCCAGAAACUACAACAAAGCCCUUUGACGAUGAAUGUGUGGAUGCGAACAACCAGCCCACCUCGACGGGACCAUUUGAAAAUCCAAACGAUUGCAAUUCAUUCUACCAGUGUUCAAACGGCUAUCUGCACAUAAAGAUUUGUCCAGACAACACAUAUUUUAACCCAGCAAUAAGUGUGUGUGACCAUGACAAUGGUGAAUGUGGUUCUGGGUCUGGCAGCAGCGGUUCUGGUGGCAGUGGAACUCCCGAAGUCACUUUAUCUCCAUUCGAUAAACUGUGCAUGGAUUCUGAUGGCAAACCAAUCAGUUCUAAUCCAUUUGAAAAGCCUGGAGAUUGUGACAACUUCUACCAAUGCUCCAAUGGUUACCUCCAUGUUAUGCCAUGCGCUCCAGGAACUGCAUUCAACCCAGCAAUAAGUGUGUGUGACCAUCCAUACAAUGUUCCUGGUUGUGGUGCCCCAGCAGCAACAACAACAACUGAAGCACCAAAACCAACCACAAAACCAUUUGACAAGGAAUGCUUGGAUUCUAAUGGCAAACCAAUGAGCACUGGUCCAUUUGAGAACCCUGGUGAAUGUGACUCCUUCUACCAAUGCUCCAAUGGUUACCUCCAUGUUAUGCCAUGCGCUCCAGGAACUGCAUUCAACCCAGCAAUAAGUGUGUGUGACCAUCCAUACAAUGUUCCUGGUUGUGGUGCCCCAGCAGCAACAACAACAACUGAAGCACCAAAACCAACCACAAAACCGUUUGAUAAGGAAUGUUUGGAUUCUAACAGCAAACCAAUCAGCACUGGUCCAUUUGAGAACCCUGGUGAAUGUGACUCCUUCUACCAAUGCUCCAAUGGUUACCUCCAUGUUAUGCCAUGCGCUCCAGGAACUGCAUUCAACCCAGCAAUAAGUGUGUGUGACCAUCCAUACAAUGUUCCUGGUUGUGGUGCCCCAGCGGCAACAACAACAACUGAAGCACCAAAACCAACCACAAAACCAUUUGAUAAGGAAUGCUUGGAUUCUAACAGCAAACCAAUCAGCACUGGUCCAUUUGAGAACCCUGGUGAAUGUGACUCCUUCUACCAAUGCUCCAAUGGUUACCUCCAUGUUAUGCCAUGCGCUCCAGGAACUGCAUUCAACCCAGCAAUAAGUGUGUGUGACCAUCCAUACAAUGUUCCUGGUUGUGGUGCCCCAGCAGCAACAACAACAACUGAAGCACCAAAACCAACCACAAAACCGUUUGAUAAGGAAUGUUUGGAUUCUAACGGCAAACCAAUCAGCACUGGUCCAUUUGAGAACCCUGGUGAAUGUGACUCCUUCUACCAAUGCUCCAAUGGUUACCUCCAUGUUAUGCCAUGCGCUCCAGGAACUGCAUUCAACCCAGCAAUAAGUGUGUGUGACCAUCCAUACAAUGUUCCUGGUUGUGGUGCCCCAGCAGCAACAACAACAACCGAAGCACCAAAACCAACCACAAAACCAUUUGACAAGGAAUGCUUGGAUUCUAAUGGAAAGCCAAUCAGCACUGGUCCAUUUGAGAACCCUGGUGAAUGUGACUCCUUCUACCAAUGCUCCAAUGGUUACCUCCAUGUUAUGCCAUGCGCUCCAGGAACUGCAUUCAACCCAGCAAUAAGCGUGUGUGACCAUCCAUACAAUGUUCCUGGUUGUGGUGCCCCAGCAGCAACAACAACAACCGAAGCACCAAAACCAACCACAAAACCAUUCGACAAGGAAUGCUUGGAUUCUAACGGCAAACCAAUCAGCACUGGUCCAUUUGAGAACCCUGGUGAAUGUGACUCCUUCUACCAAUGCUCCAAUGGUUACCUCCAUGUUAUGCCAUGCGCUCCAGGAACUGCAUUCAACCCAGCAAUAAGUGUGUGUGACCAUCCAUACAAUGUUCCUGGUUGUGGUGCCCCAGCGGCAACAACAACAACUGAAGCACCAAAACCAACCACAAAACCAUUUGAUAAGGAGUGUUUGGAUUCUGAUGGCAAACCAUUCAGUUCCAAUCCGUUUGAAAAAAAUGGAGAUUGUGACAACUUCUACCAAUGCUCCAAUGGUUAUUUGUACACAAUGCCAUGCGCUCCAGGAACUGCAUUCAACCCAGCAAUUGGUGUGUGUGACUACCCUUACAAUGUACCUGGUUGUGGAGGUACCUCAGCCCCAACAACAGUUCCACCAACCCAAGCACCAACAAUAGACCCAAAAUGCGUGGAUUCUAAUGGCAAACCAAUGAGCACUGGUCCAUUUGAAAAACCUGGAGAUUGUGACCACUUCUAUCAAUGCUCCAAUGGUUACCUCCAUGUUAUGCCAUGUGGUCCAGGAACUGCGUUCAACCCAGCAAUAAGUGUGUGUGAUUGGCCGUACAAUGUUCCUGGUUGUGGUGCCCCAGCAGCAACAACAACAACCGAAGCACCAAAAACAACAUCACCACCAUUUAAUGCUCAAUGCGUGGAUUCUAAUGGCAAACCAAUGAGCACUGGUCCAUUUGAAAAACCUGAAGAUUGUGACAACUUCUACCAAUGCUCUAAUGGUUACCUUCAUACAAUGCCAUGCGCUCCAGGAACUGCAUUCAACCCAGCAAUUGGUGUGUGUGAUUGGCCUAAGAACGUUCCUGGUUGUGGUGCCUCAAGCGGCGGUUCGCCGACGUGUAAGGACGCAGAUGAUAAACCACUAAGUACUGGUCCGUUUGAGAAACCUGGUGAUUGUACACAUUUCUACCAGUGUGGAGCAGGUAUCUUGUACGUCAUGCCUUGCGCAAGUGGCACAGUUUUCAACCCAACGUUAUCUGUGUGUGAUUGGUCACACAAUGUUCCUGGUUGUUAAGAUGCUUCCAAGUGCUUCUGCUGACGAAAAGUUAUUUUAUUUAUUUUGCCAAUUCUUUAUAAUUCCACAAGCCAGCGGUGAUGCUUCGACAUAAAGAUUUAUUCGCAGCUGCUUUUAUUAUAUUCUGCACAAGUUUUCAAUCCAAAACCUUGAUACUGUAAUUCUUGCCGUCUUUAGGCUUAUAUGAUGCACGUAGUUGUUGAAUGCUCAAUAAAUCAAUGCAAUGUUUGUAUUC